GCUUUCGAUGUACAUGUAAAAAAAAUUGUGACUAAGGCUAAGGUGACUGUUCAAAAUGCUAAAUUCAAGUUAAAGACAAAUAUAAGGAUACCGUUUGACAAUGUGCUUGAUUCCUUAGCUAAGGACUAUGAGAUUCCAAGAAACAAAUUGCUUCUGGAGACAAUAAUUGGACAAGGACAAUUUGGAGAUGUUCAUAGAGGAACUUACAUCAGUCCGGAUGAUCCCAAUCUUCAAGUGGCCAUUAAAUCUUGUAAAAACCCAGAGUCAAGAGAAAAAUUUCUGGAAGAAGCAUAUACAAUGAAACAGUUUGAUCACCCUCACAUUAUAAAGCUCAUUGGUGUGUGUACGGACGAUGAGUUUUACAUUGUAAUGGAACUGGCUGCGUAUGGAGAGAUGAGAUCGUACCUUCAAAAGAACAGACAAUCGAUAAAUUUGGAGACACUUCUUAGUUACAUUUUUCAACUUAGCACUGCCAUGUCAUAUCUUGAAAGCAAGAACUUUGUACACAGGGACAUCGCAGCUCGUAAUGUAUUGGUGUGUACACCCAAAUGCGUCAAGUUAGCAGACUUUGGUCUUUCAAGAUGGGUGGAUGAACAGGCGUACUACAAAGCUUCAAAAGGUAAACUUCCAAUCAAGUGGAUGGCACCAGAGUCUAUCAAUUUCAGGAGAUUUACAAUCGCUAGCGACAUUUGGAUGUUUGGUGUGUGUAUGUGGGAGAUCCUCAUGUACGGCAUCAAACCCUUUCAAGGCGUCAAGAACAAUGAAGUGAUUGGCAAGAUCGAGAAUGGUGAACGUCUACCCCUCCCCCAUCAGUGUCCCCCUGCCCUGUACCACAUCAUGUUUGAAUGCUGGUCCUACGAGCCGUCCAAGAGACCGACCUUUCAGGAUCUCAAGACUCGACUCAGUGUUAUCGUCCAGGAGGAAAGAUUUCAGCAAGAUGAAAAAGUCAGGAGAGAAACUCGAAGAAUACAAGCUCUGUCCGUGGGUGCCAUACAAGACUCUGCUGCCCCUCCCAAGCCUUUAAGGCCUGGGAUCCAGCCUUCCUUCGUCCAAAUUCCCACGAGUGCGGCCCAGUCUACAUUUGACAGCAGUAGAGGAGUAACAAGUCCUAGAGGAGCAACCCUGCCUGGACAGUACCCUGGAAGCCCGACGUCGCCCAGAUCCCCUCGCUCGCCCUAUUCUUCCAUCUCCCCCUCGCGCACGCUUCCUAGGAACUUCAAGUCGUACCACGAGGCCAGCGGUGUUCACACGUUGCUGGAGCAACCGUCUCGGUAUUCUAUUAGUGGUAGUCAGACUCUUCCGAAAAAUUAUAAAGCGAUCAGUCCGGCAACGAGUCCUGUGGGAAGUCCGACAAAAACACUGGAACCUGCUAUUGACCUACCGAGUGACGAAGAACUGAAACGACGUGAUGAUGAAGAAAGAGCGCAACUGGAAUUGAGAGAACGAGAAAUGUUUCAUCAACGACUGCGUCAACAGCGCCUGGAGUCAGAAGCAGAUUCUAAGUGGCUUCAACAGGAAGAACAGAACAUCGAGCUUCCUUUCUCGCCGGUUCAACAGUCGCCCAAGAGCCCCCACCUCCUCUCCCCUGAGGAUGGUGUGUCGGCAGCAGUGGAAUCAUACAAUCCACGUGGAUCAGCCUCAUUCAUCGAACAACGCCAAGCAGCCAAGGAAUAUCACAGUACUCCAGUCGAUCCACCGAGCCAGCAGGCUGCCACGAUAGCAGACUCUGAUAUGAAUGAAACGUCCUUGUCAACGCAGAGAGUAGAUGAUCCAAAAGAAGAUCGUUCUUCAGACAGUGUGUUUAUCAAUACCACUCAUGUGGUGCAGUCGGUGAUUGGUCUUAAUAAUGGCCUACCGUUCGCUCGUUCUGAAGACUACCCAGCGUUUGUCAAGGCAAUCGGUCUUUCACUGAGAGAUUUACUGGCACGCGUUGAUGAAGAAAUUCAGAGAUUAGAUCCUUCAUCGCACAAAGAGGUGGAAAUGGCUCACAAAGUGUUGUCAUCCGACAUGGCUGAACUUAUCAACGCCAUGAAAAUGGCGCAGAAAUACAGCACAACUACUUUGGACCAGGAAUACCGCCGAGGAAUGCUCUCUGCUGCGCAUGUGUUGGCUGUGGACGCCAAGCAUCUGUUUGAUGUUGUAGACGAAGCGAGGAAGCAAUCGGCAAAGUUAUCUUCCAGCGCUUGAUAGAGAAUUUGGAAUUGAACUAACUUCGCUCCGCCCGACGAAGAUGACGCGGAGAGAAAAAUUGAAAUUGCUUCGAAAUGUAAAAUGAACUAUAUUGUAAUUUAACUGAUGAAUGAAGGAGAGUUUCUUUUUACGAAUUUACAAGAUCGUAGACGAAUGCGUCUAUUGGUCAUAGAGGAUAUAAUUUAUCACGUGACGUUGAGAGAAUCGAUUAUUUGUUUCACAAGGUUAGGGUUGUACUGCUCGGGACGGUUGGGUGAUAUUCAUAUGACGUGAAUACAAACAGAGAAGCUUGAUUGCUUCACUACACAAUGCACUGCUGGUUAUGGACCUCGUAUCAGAAGUCAACGAUUUGUCUUCAUGGCUUUUAACUAGUUUCUUAAUAACGUCAAGACUUGCAUUUGACAAGAGUGGCGCCCAGCGAAAAGACUUAUAUACAGACCAGCCAAUGUAAAAUAAGGUGUUAUUUGACUCUGAAGUCCUUGUCUUGGAACAUAUUUUCUCUGUUUUAAUAACUUACCCCUCAGUUUAGACCAAUGAAGUGCAGCCAACAUUAUACAAUCGUUGGAAAUUCAAUUUCUUGAAAUACUUAAAAUUAGAUAAAUUUCUUGUUCCCGAUAAAAGAUUAGGUCAUGUAUUUUAUGAAAAUAUUUUGGCCCUACGCAGACAGAUGAGAUAGUCUACCUUGCAAAGGGGGUUUCUUUGAAUCUCUGAUAACGUUAGAAAUGUUAAUUCCAGGCCUCUACUCAUUGGCGAUAAAAGGCCUGGUGCCCCAGUCGUUGAACAAGUAGAACCCUUCAGUUAUCUUCAGACUUUUUAUUUCUCACAAAGGCGAAAUUUUACGAAGUGUCUCGAUACCUUGAAAUCACUUUAUUCGGGAACAUUAUACCUGAAAAUUUGUAAUUUUUGAUUGCGACAAUAAUGAUGCUAAUGUUAAGUAAUGAAUUGCCUGUAAUUUGUAUUGGCAAGAGUUAAAAGCUAUUUUUUUAAAACCAACUGUACAAGCCCUUAGUUGAUGUGGAUAGUUAUUUGAUGUAAAUACAAAUGAAAUUUUCCUUAGCUCAAUUGUCUGUACAUUCAAAACGCUUUAUCAACUGUAAUUUUAUGGAAAGAAAACUGCAUAUGAGAAAUUGCAUUUGUCUUCAGGUCGUUGGUUGAAGUAUUUUAACGCGUACGAUAAGUUGGCGUGAUCGCGCGACCAACGCGUGAAGAACGCGCGAUUACCGCGCAAAGUCCACGCGCCAAGUAUUUGUUGUCUUUUUUGUUUUCCAGCUUCUAUCUAAUUAACAAGCUCAACAUAAAAGAAACGUUUCUUUACUUUUGGGUUAUGAGUUUUUCGCAGAACAUUCAAUAUUGAUGUCAUGAAAUGCUGGCACAAGAUUUUAUUUGGAAACUGUCGUAUUGGUUGUGUUUUGUUUAUUUUACUGCAUAGCCACAUUUAAAACGCCUAAAUAGAAAUAAAAUGCAAUGAAACUACA